UGCGGCACCCUUCUACCCGCACUCAACGCCUAUCUUGGGUUUCCGCCCCCUGGCGCGACCCGCUGCCGGCGCAACUCACUCAAAGGCGUCUCCUACAGCGGUAGAGGUGGGGGAUCCCAUUCGCAGUCCAACAGGUACCGCGGCAUCGUGUACCUAAGCGCGCGUGGAGAUUGCGUCUCGGCAGCAAGCUGGCAGCAGGCAGGGAGAUACAUGAGGCGGUUGAGCACAUGGGCGAUGCCGAUCGCUCUGGUGGGUCCUCGGGUUCUUCAGGCCUUGACACACCACCACCAGCAGCACCACCACCAGCCGCACAGGACGCAGCAGGGGUGGGUCGGGAUGCUGAGGGGGGGGGGGGAAGCGGCAGCAGCAGCAGCAGCAGAACGAGGAACAGAAGGUGGCGAGAUUCCCGAAGACCGAGAACGGUUUGAUUAUGCCUUUCUCAGGACUGACCCCCAUCGACUCCGGCGGCGGCUCUCGGGCCGCGGGGGAAGGCCUGGGUCAGAGUCAUGGUUGACCUGUGAGACUUUGGAUCCGUCUGCGGAAGAAGACACCCUCAACAUCGACGCGGAUUCUGCGGGAGAGGGCGACGAAAUUUGUUGGGACAUCCCUAACGUGGACGGCUCAACGCUCACUAUCUCCUUCAGGCAAGCUGAUUUCGCAGCCGGAGACGAGCUGACUGUCGAAGACGACGGGGACACAGACGUUGAAUACGAAGAAGGCAGGGGGCUGGUUUUAGAUGGCGACGUCAUCGAAGUCGGGGCGGACGGAGAAGCCAGGGAACUCUUCUACUCAUCCACGGCAACAGUGAGGUUCAGCGCUACAAACACCACCGCCGAGAGGAUGGUGGUGAUGGCCUACAAGAGGACAGUCGACCAGAUCAGCUCAUCCUUCCUGUUCAACUCGACCCUGGUUCUGCUGGGCUUCGUCUGGUGCGGGGUCACCUUCGCUAGGCUGGUAUGCGUGCACCGUGCGCGUGAGAGCGCCCUGAGUGGCGCCCACUUGUCCGAUAGGAGGGGUGGCCGGGGCGAUCAAACGGGCGCAGGGCUAACAUUGACGGGUCUUGGGGCGGCCACAUCGGCGGGGCCAGCGGGUCUCACCCCCGCACAGAUUCGGAGCCUUGAGCAGACCAACGUGCUCCCGAAACACAGGCGGUUCGGGUCGAAACUGGUCGGCGGCGGGGGCGACAUGGAUGUGGAGAAGGGGUGGGGUGUCAGUGGCCCCGGGAAGGGGACCGAACCGGCGGUGGCAGGGGAGGGGGUGGAAGAGGAGGCGAUGUGCGCGAUCUGCCUAUGCGAGGAAGAAGACGGGCAGGACCUGAGGGUGCUGCCGUGCGGUCACUUCUUCCACGCUGGCUGCGUCGACGUCUGGCUGGCGCAAAGCCCGACGUGCCCGUUCUGCAAGCAGCCCGUCGAGCCGCCCUCUACGGAGAGCAAGGUCGGCCCCCUCGGCUCGUCCGCGGCGCCGUUCAGAAGCGUGCGCCGGUGGCUCCGGAAUCACGAGCGGGGACCGGGGGCUGCGGUGGCUCAGACGGCGCCCUCGGGGGGUCCACCAGGCGGGGGAGUUGAGAUGGGCAGCGGCGGUGAAACGGGUGGGGUUCUCUCUGAGCCCGUGGUUGCGAGUAUGAGCGGGCUCGUAGGCGAUGGUUCCGGCGGUGGUUCCGGCGGUGUCGGUGUUGCCGCUGACGGAGGGGACCCCGACAGACCCCGAGCGGCGUCACUGGGCGGCGGCUCGUCAUCUGAAGUGGUCGUUGCGUUGGAGGAGGAGGAGGAGGAGGAGGAGGAGGAGGAGGAGGAGCAAGGGCAAGGAGAGCCUCCGGCGGCGGCGGCGGUUGCGGCGCCGACUUCGACGGCCCCGGGAGUCGCCUCCCUGUUACCGUUAUUACCUCCGGCCGCGGUGGCCGGCCAUGAGGCCAACCCCACGGCGACGAGUCCCACGCCCGCGGGGGGGGCGGAGGCGUUACCCGCGGCGGCGGCGGCGGCUGCCGGGGAUGAGCAAUCGGUGGGAGGCCCAACGCACGUGCACCCGGCUGCGGUAGCUGCGGUGGACGUCCCAGACCCGCUCUCCGUGUCGGCGUCGAGGUUCGAAGAGCGGGCUUCGGCGACUACCACCGCCUGAGGAUAUAAUCAUGUGAGGAGGAGAACGAAAGGGUCGGUGGGUGGGGGCAGUGAUGAGCAAGCGUAGCCCGAUGUUUAGUGUGUCUGUACAUACUUACGUAUUGUCACAGGGCGAAUAGCACCGCCGGCAUAGACGGCCGAGGGGGGGAAAACACGGCUUUGUACGAUCUUCGAUCCCCCGGGGUACUUGAAGAAUUUGUCGUAGAGGCAACCGGCCGAUUGAGGGGGACGCCUGGCAGGGCGGGUGUAGGUAGUGGGGAGUACGGGCUGUCUCUUGCUGUCUUUGAAGGUUGUAUGCACAUGCCUCUGUGUUGAGCUGGCCGUGCAAACGACGAGGAGUUUUUUUGUUGUCCAAGUACCGUUGGUGGCAAGACUUACAGGAAGGACCUGACCGCCCCCGCCCUCGAUGAAGGUUUUGUAGAUGCGACAGCUUUAGUUUCGUGAAUUUGCGAUGUAACCGUGUUCACAAUUAUUGUUGCUAAUACCACCGCCAGUUUUUUUUCACGGGAACAGAUGAAAGCGCACUCGAUGGGAUUGGGGUUGGUUCUGCGACCACGGCGAUUGUGGUGUAGCCAACACGUCCCAUUCUAGUCACAGGUGGUUCGAGUAGUUGUAUAUUGUAGUGAACCACUUGCUGGUUUUUGAGAGGGUCACUUCCCGAGCAGCUUUCAUGUGCCUCUCUCUGUCUGUCUGUCUGUCUGUCUGUCUGCCUGUCUGUCUGUCUGUCUGUCUGUGUUGUUUGUCCCAAGACGAUGGUGGCCCACCGCAGUUCGACCGCCGACGGAUAUAAGUGUGGCGAUCACAGUCGUUGAAAUAUUUUAAUCGAUAACCAGUCGGUAUGCAUGGCUAUAUGACGCACGGGUUACUUUGCUGAUGUCGCGAGCGAUUUUGCGCCACACUGUUCAACCGCAGAGCAGUAGUCUGCGUGCUUCACUUGGAUAGCGCUUGAAAAAUCAACUUCUAUGGUGUCGUCGGACUAACCCACAGCGAGCGACGUCAUAUAAUAAAUUCUGGCGUGUUCGCGCUGAUGUUUUUUUGGCCCUGAGAUUUGUCAUGUAUGUUGGGUGUCAUGCUUUGGGUGUGCACGAGGGCGGGUGGACGGAUGCCGGUGCAGCAGUAUGCUUUCGGAUGUCGUGAUGGCAACUUGCUGCGUCGGAUGGGCAUUAGUCGCGACGCGUGUAGCAUAGCGCACGGGUGAGCAAACGAAAAGAUUGAUGAUGAACGAACGCUCGUGCCGACCCGCACGAUUCACGAGGUGUGAGAAGUGGCAUGUCCUUGUAGAAGAGAGAGCACGGAGGUUUGCAUGCCUUGAUGGCGGCAACGCGGUGCUUCGGUCUAUCUAUUGGGUUGGGUGCUGUGCUUGAAAGUUCUGCUGAUUUGAGGAAGGAAUGGUAUGAUAUUUGUGUCUUUUCGCGUUUGAUGGUUGUGUGCGGCGAUUAGCUACCCCGGCCGGAUGACCGUCCUUAUUUUUGUUUUCCUGCUGACCGACUUCGCCGUGUUUAUCUUGGCCAGCCUUGAGUUUUGGCCGUUUCGGCACACCGCUGCUGGUGUCCGCUUAUCUGCCCCGAAAGAAUUGGUUGUGCCCGGUUAGACACACCCCUGGUGUGAGGUCGUUAUGUCGAUCGCAUGUUGUGCAUCAGUUUGCUGUGGCCAUUCGUUUCUCGUCGUUUUUUGGUGUGCUGUUUGUGUACGCUGGGUAUUGUUGUUUGUGCGCCGCCGCCGGAAGGCUCACACUUUAUAGAGUAGCGAGAGGAAGGAAGAAAUUUUGUGAGUAGAUCCAGCUGUUGAUUAUGCAUAGUUGACGAGACCGUAGCUGUUUUGCCGGUCUGCAAGGAAAUGUAGCAAAUAAAGAUGGGCGUGGAUGGGUUAAGCUGGGGCGUGAUGCGGGCAAACACAACAGCGAGCUACCUCAAGGAAGUCCCACCAGAACAGCAAGUUGUGAGCUAAGCGAGGCACAACCUUCCCACUUACGUGAUUCAUUUCACAUUUUACUCACACACUUGAGGCCGCCCAACACCCAUGCAGACGAAGGGAUAUUAACAUAUUCACCCAUAUGCCCUGCGUACGGUAUGCAAACAGGUCCUCGUAGCCGAGUAAUACCAGGUAUUAGGCCACCAUCUAGAUGGGGGCGUCUACUCCUUCCCGUCUCGCAGGACGUUUAGACUGUAAAGUAAUAGAAUAGACAGAGCCCCCUUUGGAUGAUACAUCUGUAGCCUAGAUUGCAUGUGCAUACCGAAGACUUUUUUUGGCCGCCUUAUGGCUGACUGCUCUGCCUCCUGGUGCCGCGGCACACCAGCCCUUGUCUAGGUAAAAUUUAGCAAGAUAAUCAUCCGAGGACCGUUCCAUAGAGCGCACCCCUGGAUCCAGGAACCGGUACUUGUAUAGAGGUGCGGGACAUUGACGCCAGACCACACGUAUCGGUGUUGACGAUGUACGCUCAUGGAGAAUCCGCUACAACUGAAAGACUUGUGUCUACCUGCUCUUGUCUUGGUUUUGGCCCGGGUCCAAGGGGAGAGCUUUCUGCACAGACAGUCAGCAUGGGGGGCGGGAGUGUGGAUCUUGUUCGUUGUGUAUUGUUGCCCCCCCCAAAAGGCGGAAACCCGACGAACGAACAUAUUGCAGCAAAUUCCGAACAAAUUACAGCCCUUGGCAUCGUCUGUG